UUUUGAACAACAAAGGAGAAUGUAAUUACAUAAUUAAUCGAGGAUUACUACUAAAUAAAAAUAUUAAUGGUUAGCAAACCCUAUUAUUAAUAAAGGCAUGACUAAGCGAAGACCGUAUGUAGUUCAGUUGAACCUUGUGGGGGUGCACAGUGCACACCGCACGUACCUUCACUGAGAACCAUGUCCAAGACGGGUGAAGUCAAAGUACCCUUUUUCAAGAAGGGAAAAUCUCGACCAACAACCUCCCGAAAAAGAUCGGCUUCUCCCUCUCCCCGUGUGUCAGCGCCGAUACCAUCUUCAUCCAAGUCUGAGGUUGUUCACCCUUCUCGCAAAGCGACUGGCAAUCUUCUGAGCGCUGGCACGAAACGCACGGCUGCACAACGAAGGGAAGAUGAACUAGAUGAUUCAGACAUUGCAGAACGCGACGGUCCUGCUGUGAAGUGGACCGCAGCCGGAUCGCACACAAACGCAGCACUUGAGAUACUAGCUGGCGACGAAGCUGCAGAGCUACUUGCUAAACGGCAGAAGAAGGAGAAGGCGGACAGAGGCGAAGACGAGGAGGAAAUACCUGAUGAUGGACUGUAUAGAGGUCAGAACGCUUAUCGAAGCCACUUGAAGAAAAACCAGGAAGUACCUAAAGCCAUGCGUGUUGGUCCUCAGCGAGGGACCAGCACCAUUCGUACGGUUACCAUUGUCGAUUAUCAACCCGAUGUUUGCAAAGACUACAAAGAAACGGGGUACUGCGGCUUUGGUGACACUUGCAAAUUCUUGCACGACCGUGGCACGUACCUUGCUGGCUGGCAAUUGGAUAAACUCGCCGAGACCCCGCGAAAACAGGUCGAGGAUGUGUCAGACUCCGAUUCCGACAAUGAGGACAUACCCUUUGCUUGUCUCAUCUGUCGAAAACCUUAUACGGAUCCGGUGGUUACGCGGUGCGGGCAUUAUUAUUGUUCGGCUUGCGCAAUCAAGCGCUAUGCCAAAACUCCCAAGUGCUUAGCAUGCGGCACCCCGACGGGUGGGAUAUUCAAUCGUGCCGACAAAAUUAUAGACAAAAUGAACAAGAAACGCGCAGAAAAAGACGACGAGCACGUCGAGGAUGACAAUCCCGGGGUCGAAAUCGAGGGCCUGGCUGAUAACGGUAGCAGAGACAGCGACUCAGGUGAUAAUGAUAAUGAUUGAGAUCUAUAUCAUUGUAUCGCUUAUCAAUACGCGCGUGACACGUUCUUUGUGAGCUUACCAUUAGAAGUGUCAUCCAUAUUUUCUCUUCCACCAACGUGGGCCCGCUAUCACUUUUGAUCCCCUUCUAGGUGAACUUCUGAGCAAAUGUCUCCUGUGUAGCUCGUCUACAAGAGUCCUUUGCUGAGAUAAUUGGUUUGAUGUCCGAUUCGGAAGCGUUCGAACACGACCGCUUACUGAUAGCGUUGUAAGUACGAAACACAGGGUGGUACUGUUCUGACCGUAGAGCUUGUCUGAGCAGACGCCGAGUUUAUUGUCAUUGAACUUAUUUG